AUGGGCAAGAAGCGCAAGAGACCCGUCAAGGACUGCGGUCCCACGCCCGCGUCUCAGCCCAGUAUCACCGCAUCGCCCGGCCGUUUCAAAGUCGCCGAUGGCCCAGUAUCGCAAGAGGACCAAAUCACAACGCACCCCGUGAUCUCGCUAUACUACCGACAACUCCUGACGCUACGACAAUACCUUUUACGCCAACUCCCCGCUUCUUCAAAGUUGCGACGCCGGCGCAUCGUUUCACUGCGCCCGUUGGCCUCGUUAAGUACAGCGGAGCGCGGAGAGGACUCGGUUUCCCCACUCGCCGACCUGCUGGAUACUACGCUGGUCGGCGUGCUCAAAGAACCAUCGGCAAAGGUUGACUCCGAUCGUCAGCGUGAUUAUCGGGCUUUUACUCAGUCUCAGUCGCGCUCGAUCCUCGUUAGCACGGACACGGGGCCAACGUCGCCGCAAUCAGAGGUGGUUAAUUUUGUGAUUGAGUCGCUCUUUGCCCGCGGCCCGGGUUAUCAGAAACCCCAGCACUUGCUCACGCAUGGCUAUGGUCCCCAUCGACCGACGGAUCCGAGUAUUUUGGAAACCAGUAUUCUCGGACUUGUGGCCCAGUUCCCGAACAAGAAUGUGCGAACCCUGAAAGAAUCGCCAUGGUCGGAUGUUUUGGGCCUUUUAGGCGAGAAUGGGGAUGAGAUUAUGAUGAGAUUGUUAUUCGAUUGUGGAAUCUUUGCGCCUGUGAAUGUACAGAGAGGUGUCUACUAUCAGAUGAGUGGACUACCACUCUCAGAACUUGAGCCCGUGGAUCAGAAAUGCCCCGCGGCCCCAGAGCCCUCGACAGAUCAAAAGCCCGCUAAACUGGGGAAUAAAGACUACCAGAGUCGCAAAGGGAUCAAUGGCUCUAAUAGCAUUGUUUUCCCUCGCCGGCGAAUGCUCUAUGGCAGAUCUGGCGGUGAAUGUAGAGGAGAAAUUCGCUCUGGGCUAGGAGACACCCAUGUACUGAAUCGAUACAAAUCUCUCGACUUGGAAGCACAGACUGUCCAUGUGACAAAUUACAUUUUCCCACGGCAGUUUGGUCUCCAAAAUGCGUUCACAUCGACAGCCAAUCGCAAUGGCAAUACACAGAACUUUGUCUUUCGCGAAUCGGAAAUAUCUCAGCUCAUAGAGAAGGAGCAACUACGCCGCCCUGCGCCCAGCGAUAAUCAAGUACACGAGCACAACGAAGAAGCUGCUCAUACCAAGCUACCCAAGCGACUUCGUGGCCAGACCUUUGAGCUUGUUCGCAAGUUCAGGGUUCGCCAUUCCAAAUGUUCGUAUCGGCAGUUACUAGACCAUUACUGCCCAGAUGAACUUGUUGGACCGUGGAAACUUGGCCCCGCUCCUUCUCCUGUGAAGAAGCGAGCAGACAACGGCGAACUGGAGUGCUCAAUCGAGGAGAACUUGAUGACACAAGCACUAUCCUCUACGCGGCUGUCUAAUGACAAGCCUAACGCACCCGAGGCCCCUGAGAGCGCUACCGAAGGCAAGGCAGUGGCCAAGCGAGGUCCAAAGCGCAAAGUCAUUCUGACUGAUUAUGCUACUCCCGCAUCCGCCGUCUCGGCAUUUUGUCGUGCUGUACUCCUCAAAAUCGUGCCACUUCAAUUUUUCGGAGAUGGUUCGGAGGGCUUGGGCAAUCGCAAGAUCAUCAUGAAGCACGUCGAUGCCUUCAUCAGAAUGCGUCGAUUCGAGAGUCCGAGUCUGCAUGAGGUGUGCAGUGGCAUGAAAAUCGCUCAUAUCUCCUGGCUAGCACCUCUGAAGCCGCAGAGCUCAGCAAGAUCAAGCAAUGAAAAGCUCGCAUUGUCGGAUUUCCAAAAACGCACAGAACUGCUUCAGGAGUUCAUUUAUUACAUUUUCGACUCAAUCCUGAUCCCACUCGUCCGAACAAAUUUCUAUGUCACCGAAUCUCAAACCCAUCGCAACCGCCUCUUCUACUUCCGACACGAUGUCUGGCGAAGCUUGACGGAACAGCCGAUGGCAGACCUCAAAGCAAACACGUUCGAGCAACUAAGCCCCGCAAAGGCCCACGUCAUGCUGGGAAAGCGGUCUCUAGGAUUGGGUGCACUGCGGUUACUUCCAAAGUCAACUGGGUUACGACCAAUUCUGAAUUUGAAGAAACGCUUCUUGAUGAAAUCGCAAUGGGGCAAUAAUAAGACCUAUCUUGGAGCGAGUGUCAACAGUAACCUCGCUCCUAUCUACAAUAUGUUGAGCUAUGAACGCGAAAGAUGUCCCGAGAAGCUGGGCUCGUCACUGAUGUCAGUGGGAGACAUGCAUUCGAGGCUGAAAGAAUUCAAGAACCAGCUCAAUCAGCGUGCGUUAGCAUCGGCAGGACCGAAGGCCGGCCGGCUGCCCCAACUUUUCUUCGUCAAGCUUGAUAUCCAAGCCUGCUUUGAUACCAUCCCGCAGAAACAGUUGCUGCGUCUUGUUGAGCAGCUAGUCUCCGAGGAGGCUUAUCAUGUCACCAGAUACGUGUCAAUGAACCCCGCUCUGCAGGGUAAAGCCAGACGGAGGUUCCUCGGGCGCGCUGCACCUCCAACCAAACAGCAGCAUUUUCCCGACCUCGCCACUGGUGGUACGAGUGGCGCUGCCAAUACCGUGUAUGUCGACACCAUCAAACAGAAAGAACACGAUGCAGAUGAGCUGCUGUGCCUCCUUGAGGAGCAUGUGAGAAAUAACUUGGUCAAGAUUGGGAAGAACUACUUCCGCCAACGCAACGGCAUCCCUCAGGGCUCCGUAGUCUCCAGUCUGCUAUGUAAUUUCUUCUACGCCCAACUGGAACAGCAGGUCUUGAAUUUUAUCCAACCUGUGGAUUCGCUACUUCUUCGCCUGGUAGACGACUUCCUCCUCAUCACCACCGACAUCGAUCAGGCCACCCAGUUUCUGCAAGUCAUGCACCGUGGUCAGCCUGCGUAUGGUGUCUCGGUCAAUCCAACCAAGAGCAUGAUCAAUUUCACCGCCGCAGUAGAAGGGAUCUACAUCCCCCGGCUCGAGGGCACAUCCCUCUUCCCUUACUGCGGGUGCCUGAUCGACACCCAUACAUUGGAGAUCCACAAGGACCAAGAUCGCAUGCUGGAAGGCGGCGCCUCUGCCGCAGCCACUCUCUCCAACAUGUUGACCGUCGAGACGAGCCGUCUCCCCGGUCGCUCCUUCCACCGCAAAAUGCUGGCAUUAUUGCGACCCCAAUUACACUCGAUGUAUCUCGACGCCGACCACAACACGCGUGACGUCGUGCUAUCCAACCUCUACACGGGCUUCAUGACCGCCGCGAUGAAAAUGUACCGAUACAUGAAAUCACUCCGAGGCCGCGCCCAUCCCCAAUACCCCAUCAUCAUCCAGACGAUUAAUGACCUGGUCCAACAAACAGCGAAUCUAAUCCAGGCUCGGCGAGUGUCUCGCCUAGCGCCGCUGACAUGCUUCGCGCAGCUGUCUCACCUGCAAUUCCUGGCCAGUGCUGCAUUCCGCUUUGUGCUCAGACGCAAGCAAACGCGGUAUGCGCCAGUACUCCAAUGGUUGGACUCGCUGUGGAAGGCGUCGCGCCCAGCGACGGAUGCCGAAUCGGUGCGUCUGCUGCGGGUUGUGAGGAAAGGUGAUGCGCUAUUUGGCGCAUGGCGAUUCUAA